UCAUAUGCAAAUCCCAUUUUCUCCUCAUUUUCCAUUGAUCAGUUACAUUCUCCCUUAAACGAACAAAGAGUACACAUAUAAUAUGCCUCUUAGGAUCAAACCCAUAUCUUUCCUCUUCCUCAUACUCAUCGUUUGCUCUUAUUCAUCAUUAGCCAUAGUGGAAGGCUCAAUCCAGAUCGGAGGCUCAAAGAUGCAUGAGAUCAGUUUCAAGCUCUACAAGAGUGAGGAAGUGGAAGCCAAGAAGAUGAGUCAUAGGAAGUUAAUGUUCCACUCGACAGCAGACUACGACGACGCAGGACCAAACCCUAAACACGAUCCAAGAAGAAGACCCGGAGGCAAGGGUUGAACUGAAUCUUCAUCAACAACAAUGAAUCAUCUCUCUAUCUAUAUAUAUACAUAUAAUAUAAGUUAGUAGCAUAUGCACUAAUAUGAUCAAUAAUAUGAAUGUGUAUGUAUCUUUGUAUGUGAUAUAUGUAUCCUCCAGUUCUGAUU